GUCGCUCCGAUUCACUGCGCUGCUACAUUGUGCCAUAUUUUCAGAAACUCCACGUAAACACAAUCCCACUUGUGGUCGAAUCCCAAUUCCUUGUUAAACACAUUCAUUCGUCAACACUCGUCCCUUUCCGUAAACUGCGAGAAGAUUGUCCCGGAAUGACACGAGCUGGUCACGAAUGAAUCACUUCCUGCUUCUGAAUUUCCCUCAACACCAGCUGAGAUGGCGACCUCCCAGAAGUUAACAGAACACUUCCUGACAUGCACGAUAUGUACAGAGGUGUUUGACAAGCCCUGUACACUUGUAUGUAAUCACACCUUCUGUCGGAAAUGUGUGGUCAACUACACCAAAACCAGACCAGAAGCCAUCAGUGCCAAGUCUCUCCUGUGUCCAUUCUGCAGCAAGAUGACGAAAGUGUCUGCCCCUGAGAGACCAGUGGAGGAGUGGGCGGAUGACGUCAAACCUAGCUUUGUCAUCCAGGGACUCUUGGACUCGUUUGGCCCCGGAUCAAAAGAUACAACCGACUGCAGUUAUUGCAAGGAGGAAGGGGAGACAACACCAGCUACAUCUUGGUGCUCUGUCUGUGAUGACGCACUCUGUGAACGAUGUUUACGGGUGCACAAACGAAUCCCAUCUACCAAUCACCAUGACGUAGUUGACCUGUCUGGAGAGACAAAGGUCAAAAGAAAGGUCAUGUGUAAAGUUCACAAGGAUGAAAAUAUCAAAUAUAUUUGCAAAGAUUGUAAAACAGCUGUCUGUCAAAUAUGCUGCACUAUCCAUCACAGGAAAUGUGACUUGGUUGUAGAAAUUGAGUCGGAGAUUCCUGCAACGAAAACCGAGCUGAGAAGGAAUAAAGAGGUAUUGUUGAAGAAACACGACGAGAUGAAAACACAUGUUAGAAAACAAACCUCCAAAGUCGAUGAAGCAUUAACGCAUUACUUACAAAUAGAAUCGAAUAUCAAGUCUGCAAGUCUCAAAGCAAUAGAGGCGAUCAAAGUCAAGGAACGGAAACUUUUGGCUGAACUGAAAGAAAUGUCUGACAAACACAUUGGAGAACUGAAGGCAGACAUAAAGUCAGGUGAGAUGUCAGUACAGAUGUACCAACAACAGGCUGAGCUGAUAGACCAGACUCUACAAUCUGAGUGUGACAUGGGUGUGUAUGAGAUGUACCAGGGAUGUGAGGCUGGUGAUGUGGAGGCUGUCGGAGUCACAGGCGUGAAGGAGAAGGGAAGAAUAGCCAGGAUCAUGUUCAGACAGGACACGGACAAGCUGAGUAGAGCACUGGACGAUCUACAUCUGGGUGAGAUAGGCGUCAUGUAUGAGGGUGUGCUGGACCUGAAGGCGACUCCUGUGUUACAGGACACCAUUAACGUGCUGGACCUGAAGGCUACUCCUGUGUUACAGGGCACCAUUAACACCAGAGUAGCAGGGGAUACAUCCGGGGCAUACCCCUAUGACGUGAAGGUGUUAGUGGUGAAUGGUACAGACACAGUCGUAGUCACAGACUACUUGAACAACAGUGUGAAAUCCUUCUACACCAGGAACAAGCAGCCAUGUCACAGCAGGCUCAGUAUGAGUGGUCGUCCGUGGGGUAUAACAACGUUGAAGGUCAACCAGGUGGCUGUCACUGUGCAAGGUACCAGACAGAUUGUAACAGUACAAGUCAACCCUGACCUGGUGCUGCUGUCAACCAUCACAACCAGCAAACAGUACUUGGGUAUCACGUCUCUGACACCAUCAACACUAGCAGCAGGUUCCAGCUCUCCUCCCUGUGUCGAUAUCCUGGAUAUGGCGGGACACGUGCUGAAGUCAAUUUGUCCAGGCCAACCUAGUAGAUACAUCUUGAAGAAUCCCCUCUACCUCUGUACCACGAGGACAGGAAACACCCUGGUGUUUGACUGGGGAUCCACGUGUGUCGUGUGUCUGACUCCCGAGGGAGAUGUGGUGUUCACCUACAGCCCUUCAGGUGACAAAGUACUGAAAUAUCCACUUGGUAUCACAAGUACCAGCACAGGCGACAUCCUGGUGACAGACAACAAUCUACACAGAGUCCUCCACCUGACUGAGUCAGGACAGUUUGUUAGAAACAUACUGACAUCACAGGAUGGUGUCUGGAAUCCAUGUGGAGUGUGUGUUGGUGGGCGUGGCCGCAUUUACGUGUGUACAUCACAUGAAGUGAAGGUAUUUACAUUGAAGUGAAUGAACAUGUCACAAUCCUCCUUUCAAUCAACUGUAGUCACGUGUGAGUUGAGGAUUUAUGUGUUUUGAUAUGUGUCAUUGUGUAUUUACCUGUAAGCACAUUUCACCAUGUUUUAGUAAAAUCACAUUAUAUAUUAAUGUUGAAUCAUCCAUCUGAGCUUUGCUAUUUAAUGAAUGAUGAUGAAAUGAAUGAAGAUUUAAUCGCACACGGUCUGUAAGUGUACACAUUUUAUAUGUAAUCUCAAUACACGGCUGUUCACGUACUGCUUUUAUCGUCCAUAUCACAUCUGAACAUGUUUUCUAUUUUUUAUAUUACCAACUUCGAAUAUAAGUGGAUUAAAUAAAAGACCCUUACAUCGAAUACCAGAUCCCCCACAUGAUGUGUUUUUCAUCUUGCAACCACUUUGAGAGUGUAACGGAGCUGUGUUAUAACUAGAGGUGUCGUGAGCUGAGUCGGAGUAGGAUGGAUAUUUACAUGACAGUAAUCCUUGCUUGCUGUGUUGAGGACAAUAAGCAGCACUGUUUUGUUACAGAUUUACACACGGGCGCCGUUUUACUAUCUAUUUCUGAUUUAUAUCAUCAAUUCAUUUUAUGAUACCCCAAGAUUAAUUAUUGUAAUCAUAAUUCAAGUGUAUUAUGGAUCUAUUCGUGAUAUCUGAUGUGUCUGUGGAAUAUCUACAUGACAGCCAGACUUCCUUGAUAUGCGGAAAAAAAGACUUGUUACAGACAUUCUUCCGACCACAUAGAUCUGGGAGACAGUUGCACUGCUGUGUCACUGUGACCUGCAAAGGAGGCCCGCGAGAGUCUGGCGUUUCUGAAUUCUAAGGUCGAGAGGCUGAUCAUGUGACAUGCGGUACGAAAACCGCCAAACCAGUCACAGUGAAAAGCCCGUAUUAAGCAGCCGUUGUGACCAACCGAUCACCAAUUCAGUCACCUUGUAAGACACCUGUGGAUACAAAGGGACGAAUUUAGCGCAAUGUAAGCCUCAGUGUUCCACAGAAUCACCAGAAACUACUAUUGUACAUAUAUACAUUAAAUGUACUAAUUGUUUUGGUAACUUAACUGAACUGUUUCGCGUUAUGAAGCACAUAACCGACAGCUCUCUUGUUUCUGCGGUGAGGACGUGUUACGCUCACCUGGUACCUAAGCUGUCAAAGGGAGAUAAAUCGUGAUUGGAUGCUUUUGAAGCGCAAUAAAAUACAGUGAACGAAUA